AGCUGUGUUUGGAACGCCGCGGGUGCAGCACGGUGCGGUGGAGGGUGCCGUGUUUGACCGUCCAGGAGAUAUCGAGAGGUGUGGAGCACGCACAGGGGAGUGAAGGAGGGCAGCGGAUUGGAGGAGGACAGGAGACAGGGUGGCCAGCACAGGGAAGGCACAUGUCCCAAACCGUAGCUGUCUUCGAGAGCGCCCAUCCAUGAUACAGCUGCAAGAUUGAUCACCCAUUUGUCGCCGAGAUGGAUUCCGGUGGGACCGCGGACUCGGGGUUCAGUUCAGUUCUGCCAGCUACGGCUCAGAACAGUAAACAGUUGACCGCGAACCAAAGUAGUCAGCAUGGAGAGGGACAUACUGACUCUGAGCAUAACAAUCUCUUCUCGCCUACAAACGGCAACAUACCAGUUGGGAAAGAAAACGACGAGCUUUUAUCCGACCUCAGUGAAGAUUUAAAAGAUGUCCAGAUUUCUUUCGGGAAAAAGGAGCUCGACAACGGUUUCCAGGAUGCGUUUCUGGGCAACGAAAUCCCAGAAUAUCGGGGAGGCGAUUUAUUCUCUACCCAGGUGCAGGAUGACGCUGACUCUGACACCUUGAACGCAAACAGGGAGCACGUUGAAGCAUUGAGCAGCCGCUUUCAGGACAGCAACCCUUUCAUGGACUUGGGUCACCUCAACAUUCCAAAAUCCAAAGAACCAUCUGACAAUCCCCGCAAUGACCGAGACAACUUCCUCUCCUCGAUAUCGACUGAAAACAGCAAUGACCAGCAGAAGUUAUUUUCCGAGGAGAUGGGUAUGUCACAACCGCAGCUAACCAACCAAAACAGUGGCGAGGAAGACGACAAAAUUGAUCUCAACGAUAUCGACUUAGCCAUGCCUGAAACGCAUAGCACAAACCCGUUUUCCUUGGGAGAUGUAUUCGGCAAGACUGAUGUGAGCAUGGAAAACCAAGGAGACGAAGCUGAUUUGAUCGCAUCACAUGAGUCGGAGGCUACUCCAACGUCAAACAGCGGUGAUUACCGCGGGCUUGUGGACUUUGAUUUGGAUACGAAAGACUCUACACCAAACGAAGCAGCAGACAAAGAUAGUCAUGUGCUGAAUUCAUCUGCAGAACUGUCAAUAACCAACCCUUUUACGUCAGGGAACUUUGGUAAUGAUGCAGAAUUGACAAAAGACCGCAAUGCAAACGCGUCAUCAGACAUAUCAGAAGGGGUUGACAUGACAUCGUCUAGCGCUCCGUUCUAUUUCAAACAACAGGAAGAUGAACAACAGGAAACGGACGGUCAGCUAAGUGAGAGCUUAAACAACCAACAUGCCGCUGAGCUCACGGAUCAUCGAUCACUUACAAACCCUUUCAUGGGCAAUGAUGUUGAAGCCGCUAAAGCAGCUGUCAGUCUUGCAGGUACCGCUGGUGUAUCAGAAACAGACUACGUGCGCGAAGAGGAUGCAAAAAACCAGACACUUGACAGUGAUAUUCAUUUAGGUGAUGCAAAAGGCGAAAGUGAAGUGAAAGACGUCCACAACCAAACUACCAGUCUAGAUGUAAUCGAAAAAGACAGUGAUGCUGAAAAUCUUAGCACCGUCGGAGAGCCCCUGGUUAGCGCUUCAAUGGGUGACACUGCCGACGGAAAUUUGCCACUGGCUACGUUGCCUGUCCCAAGUGAACAGUCUGAAACCGAAUCAUCGUUACACGCCAGGGAAAGUGCUGCAGCUUCACCAAACUGUAGUGACCUCUCAGCCGAACCCCUUCCCACUAAUGAAAAAGAUGGCGUGGCCAGCGAGCAGGCAACGGAACGACGUGGCUCUCAAUCUGCAACUGGCCCCCACAACUCUGACCAGCCGGUUUCAGCCUCGGAAGUCCUCAUACAUUCGCCUGCUGCUUCCAGUGGCAGCACAAAUGUACCAUUAUUCGAUUUCAAGGAAAAAGAUAUCAACAAAGAUUUAGAUGUCGUGACCAAGGGUGACACUCUGGUUGGUAGUGUUGGUGUGAGCCUGGAGGGAUCGAAGACGGCGCAAAAUGAGGCAAGCUUUCGGGAAGUUUCAGGUGCAGAAGAAAAGGCUUCCAGCUCUACGGAAAGCAGCAGCAGUCACGAAAAACGCGAUGACCAUGGUUACUCGUUUUCUCUCGAGAAUACGAUUGAUACUGAGGACAAAGAAGGUCAAACCGGAGCAGAAUCGUCACUGACAGAAGCAUAUAAUGGAAAAGAGUUCGGCUUUGCUGCAGAAAAACGUCAUGAGGACGCAAUACAGGUGAAUGAACUGAACUUUAUGCAAGACGUCAACGAUGAUGAAAAGUACAGCAGCUCCCCAGCGAGACUACAAGAAGAUAGCUUGACAGGUAUGAAUGGAGGGGCAACAUCUACAACGAUGGAUAUGGAAUCAUUGCAUGCAGAAGGUGCAAAGGAGCACGUUCUACAAGAUCCGGAACAUGUUUUGCAACUGAGCAAUGCAUGGGACGAAGAAGAACUAAAACAAACCCAACAGAAAGAUGUUGACCUGACAAAUGUCGGAGAGGAAAGCAGCGUGCAAGAUGACACAAGCGAGCAUCCCCAAUCAGAGCCAUUGAAGUCAGUAGUGCCAAUGGCAUUUGAUGGUGCCGCUGAAGACCAAACUGCCACUGAUACAGAGCGAAAUGAGUCGAGCGUCAAUGACAUUAUGGCUUAUGCUGAUACAGAAGAUCCUCAAAGUGCGCCCAACGAAGAUACUGAACUUCCAGAAGACAAAGGAAGCGAGGAAGGGGCUCAAACAGAUGCCGAAGCUGUCGUGCAUUUGGAAGAGGCCGAUUCUGGAUUGGAACAUCAUAAUCAAAAUGAAAAUGAAAGAGGCGUCAUCAACGGAAAUACAGAUGUGGUAGAAGGGGAAAUUCACCGGAAUACUUCUUCUGAAAACUAUGAAGGGAUGACUGACUUUGCUGAUGAUCGUGACUCGGUCAGAGAAUUGUGGCAAAGUGAAGCAAUGUCGUUGCAAGAGGGGGAGCCAGUAAGCCGUGACAACAUUGACACCAUCACCCAAGGGUCUAAACAUGCAGAGACAGAAAAUUCCCAUGAUAAAGAUCUGCCGUCAACUGAUGGCUUAGAGCGGUUCACAGUGAAAGAGCCGAUAGACGAACUCCAAGACCAAGGCAAGUCUCAUCCAAACGCGGAUGCUCUGAGAUCAGCAGGUAGCAUUGACAAAGGAGAAAAGCUAUUCUUGGAUGAAGCCAAGGAAACGGCCGCUCUUUCAGCCAGUGAUAUGCAUUCCAACAGCCUCCAACCUGAAGUCGAUGUGAAGCUGGAUGAUGUGAGUAGCCGGGAGGAAGGUAUACAGAGUUCAACCAUUAUGAGUGAAGGAAAGCCCACGGUUGAUCAUUCCAUGGCGCAUUCUGAUGUGGACAUCUCAUCAGGCAUCGCGACUGAAAUGGACAUGCAACGGUCAGCGGAACAGGCCGAGCUUUUUGCUGAACCACUGCACUUCAGUUCCGACAAUGACACGUCAAAGACCGCGGUAGCUGACUUAGAUAUUGAUGAAAAGCCAAGCGACGCUGAUGCUGUGGCUGAGAGUGGACAUGAAUUACCUCUUGCAGCUAAAGAGAAGCCUGGUAACGAGAAUUUCAAACAAAAGGAGGACAAACAAUCACCGAAACUGGUGAAUGAUGCGCCACUUCACCAGGAGCCCGAUGACAUGCUUGAAGAACUAAAAAGCCAAGAGCCUUCGGGAACAGACCUGUCUGAAGGCAACAUAUCAGCAGUCAUUACGGACGCUAUUUUUGACAAUUUUGAUCAAAAACUACUUGAUGAAGGCCAUGCACAGUCACAAGAUCUUACUUCUCCCAAAGACCAACGCGCUGAUCAUGAGCAAACAGGACUUGUGGAAACCCUCGACCGUUAUGCUGGUGAAGUAGGUGAUGUUGGCAACUCUUCUCGGGAGAAGGAAGAGCGCAUUGAGGAACCCAGGCAGACUGAUGACAGUAUAAGUAAAAAUGACUCUGCUAGUGAGAAACAGUUGAAUAUAGAUAGCAGAGACUCGCAUCGCAAAGACUCCGAAGAACUCGCAGAAGAGCGUAUUAGCGAAGCAUUCGAACACAAACACAUGGAUGGGGUCACUGCGACUGUUCCAAGAAUCGAGAUUGAAAGAGCUGGUGAUGACAAUGAUGACAAUGACAAUGAGUUGCUUGUGGAUCAGAGUGGUCUCGAAAGAAAGUCCGAACCAGAGCAUACACUAUCGGAAGAAGAUGCAGAGCAGGUCGAGGCAGCAGAGCCACCACACAUUAAUUUAGAUUCUGACAGUGACAGUGGAGAGGCAGACCAAUCGCAUGUUGAAGACAUUCUUGCGAAUGGAGACAUUGGUGAGCAAAAGCAUCAGCGAAAUACGCAAGCAGACGCUGAUUCGCCCAUGUCACAAACAGCAGUGCCCCAAAACGCCGUACUUGCAGACCCUACGACGACAAGCGAUGUGACUGCUGUACACGAGAACAUAGUCGUUGAUGGCGAUGACGAGAUUAUCUCUGACAAAACCAGAAGUUCUGAAGAAAGCACAGGAGUUGAAGACUAUCAAGAAAAACUGACGAAAGAUGAUAGCGAGGGAAUUCAUCGCAAGUCAACAGAAGAAAACAUUGAUGAGUCACCAUUUGCUUUUCACGAACCAUCUAAACCAGAAAAUGAACUCACUCUCAGUGAUCAAGAUCUAACAAAGAAGGAACCCUCAACUAAUAGAAGUGAGUUUCAGCCUGAAGAGAAUACUGGGCCAGCUAUGCUUGGCUUCACUAAGGAAAACUUACCGCAUCGCGUACAUAAAGGCGCCAAAGACGCGCUUUCUGAAACGCUGCCUGCUAGUUUUGAACGUCUUGAGCUUAGUCAUGAAGAAGAUGCGCCAAAUGAGCAUGAUACGACCGAGCAUUUUUCGAAAAGUUCGAUCCCAGACAGGGUCGCUGCUGAGGAAGUCAGUGUGACACACAAUGACAAUGAUGAACAGGAUAUUAAAGGCAAUACAAGUUUGCAUGACUCUGCAUGUGCUGAAGAAGUAGAAGACCGAAUCGUCUCAGAGGAAAGUGAAGGCCAUAUGAUCCAACCGGAAGCUGAAAAGCAGACCAUCUGCCCAGAUGAUACUACCAUGAAAGUUGAGGACGACGCUUCAGUAAAUAUGAGAGUGAGUGAUCCAAAAGUCUAUUCAACUGAAGAUGUAUUUCAGGAUGAGAUACAUUUUGAUGGUGAGAAAGACACCACUCUUGAAAGCAGCCGCCUGACAGAAGGUUCUCUCAAACACGAUGGUGAUAUCGCGGAAGAAAUUGAUCAUGCGAUAAGCAGUGAAGCUAUGGAUGAGACACAAGGUGGUGACACGGAUUCGGUAGAGCAGCAGGAACUGCUUGAUAACUUGCUGAUGGAUGAACACGAUGCUGUCAACAUAACCUCUCUCAGUGAAGCGAGCACCAUGCCUCAUGAUGAAAGUACUUCGAAUGUCGAUGAACCUGAUGCUGAGUCAGGCCCUUUUGUGGCGAGCAGCACCACACCAAAGAGCGAGGUAGCUUUAGGCGCAAGCACCAGCUCGGAAGAUGACGCCGCAACUUCUCACCCUCUAACUGGUGGUGCCGGGAUGAUGGGCAGCGAUGAAAUGCUUGGAGAUGAAACCCUGUUAGCUCCAAAGGUCUCGAUCGACAACGGAAAUCAGGCGAACGAGGUGCAGCCCUCCAAAGCGUCUCACUCAGAACCUGGACAGUGCGAUGAAUCGCAAGUAGCCAUUGGACAACUGGAAACUGCGGUAGGAGGCGACGAAAGCAGCAGCGCAUCUGGACUACUCGCGGGCGGUGAACCUCUCACGGAGCAGAACGACAUGCUGUCCAAUCCACUUUCAGAUCAUCGAGGUGGCGAGCUGGUAGAGGCAGCUGCAUGUGUUGGGAUGCCGAGUACUGUCUCUCCUGUGAAUGACUUCGAAGCUACUGCAAAUAGUUUGACAGAUGACAGGCAGGAGCAAGAGCCGGUUGACUUAUUGUUAGAAAGCCAAAGUCAAAGCGCCGAUGAAAACUUGGCAAGCGACGCGCAGGAAAAUCAAGUCGGCCAAGAAGGUCAACACGCAAGUGCAGGAUUAGAUGCUGCUGCUCCCCUGCUCGUCGCCCAUAGCUAUGAUGAUGAGCUUGCAGUUGGCAAGGUCGGUGAACCAGGACGUUUCGAAACGUUACCAGAUGUUCUGGAUUUCACAGAACAACGACCCCGUCCCGAAACGGUAGAUAUCAUCCAGCCAACUGAUUUUCAGUUUUCAGAUAGCACAAGAGACGACAAAGAUAUUCACGAUUUCGAUAGCUCUAUGCCGGAUGUUGUUCUUGAUCCUCUAUCAUUGAGCUCAAAUGCUGAGGAGAUGCAUGGCAGCGCACAGCAGGAUGAUGAACCCACAAGUGAGGGCUCAAGCCGCGACGUGGCAUCAAAGUCACUCGCAGUCGACAACAUCUCCUCCCGACGAAACAAUGGCGAGGCAGAUAACGAGACAUCAACAGAUCAUGAUUCACAUCAAACAAUUGAUAAUGUCAUGGAAGUUCAACAAGUAGGCUCAGAACACGAGAUCAAUUCUGAAGAGGUGUUGAAUGAGCCUCCUCUUUUAGAGGCGUCUGAAGCAGAAGUGAAUUUUGAUGACACUGAGGUCAUCAGCAAGAGCCAGGCGCCUGAUGAAGCCGUCGGGCAAAGAAGUAGCGAAACUUGCUCAACAGAAAUGUAUAAAGAGGAAGAACAGCAUGCGAUUGAGCGAGAUUCGCUGGCUCGUGAUAGCGACACAAUGAAACUUAUCGCAGAACAUGACAGUGGAUAUGAGCAGAAGAACCCUAUGCAUCAACAUCCUUACGUAUCCGGUGCAGUUAAGGAAGAGACCGAAGCCGCGACAGGUGUCGAUACGUCACACCACAAUCAAUCACACCAGCUGGAUGAUACCGUGUGCUCUGAAAAUGAAAUGGAAUGCCUUGACAGCAUGAACAACCGACGUACUUCCCUUGAAGACACGGCGACUAUCGAACAAGAUGUCAGGGCUGUUAUGGCAGAGACAAGAACAAAUGUGGAUGGUCCCACUAUGGACAACCUCUCAAAAGAGAGUGCAAUAGAACAAGCAACUGCGACUAUUGUGCAUUCCGCGAUUCCCGGCGAUGCCGAUCAUCUCUAUCUGACCGAUUUCGGCAAUGCAUCUACACAAAACUACGAAAAUUCGUCCUUGGAGAAAAGCAAAGACAAAUCUGCUGCGUCAUCAGAUGAGAUUGACAUACAAGAGCAUGAUUUGGAGAACUACAGAGCGCCAGAAGUGACUCUGGAUAUCAACAGCCAUGCAGAGGUUGAUGCUCUACGUCCAGGUCUUGAUCAUUUGUCAGGACAAGAGCGAGAGAAUCUUUCAGAGAUUUGA